AUGGUGUCCCUCAACCCAAACCCCCCUCAAGCUUUUCCCUUCUUCGACCCCUUCAACAUGGAGGAUCCCAAUAAGAAGGUUCGAAAGCCUUACACCAUUACCAAGUCCAGAGAGAACUGGACCGACCACGAGCAUGACAAGUUUCUCGAAGCUCUUCACUUAUUCGACCGUGACUGGAAGAAGAUUGAAGCAUUUGUGGGUUCAAAAACAGUUAUCCAGAUAAGGAGUCAUGCACAGAAGUAUUUCAUGAAAGUUCAGAAGAAUGGAACAAGUGAACAUGUACCUCCCCCUCGUCCGAAAAGAAAAGCUGCUCAUCCAUACCCACAAAAGGCUUCUAAAAAUGCUCUUACUUUAUCCAAAGUUACGAGGCCUUUGCAAUCUUCAUCUGCUUUGUCUGAAUCAUCAUACAUUUAUAGGCCGGACUCAUCAUCUGUGCUUAGAACUACAGUUAGCAGUGUGCCAUUGCCAUCUUGGGGUUAUAAUGUUACACCACCAGUUGGUCUUCCUCAAGUGACUAAAGAUGAUAUGGUGUUGAGUAAACAAGUCAAUCCCUUCAAUUACUGCCACAGCAGUAGUAACGAGAGCACUCCCAGGGCUUGGCCAAGUAGCAAACAGACAGAUCAGCAGGGUGACCACCGCCAGCCAAUUAUAGAAAUGCCAGAUUUUGCUCAAGUAUAUAGCUUCAUCGGAAGUGUGUUUGAUCCAAAUGCGACUAAUCAUUUACAAACACUGCAACAGAUGGACCCAAUAAAAGUGAAAACCGUAUUGCUGUUGAUGAGAAACCUCUCCUCCAAUUUAAGGAGUCCUGAGUUUGAGAAUGAAAGAAAGAUGCUGUCAAUGUAUAAUGCAAGCUCGGAGAGGACAAAAUCCAGUAAUCGUCACAGCCAAUCCUUCACUGACAGAUCAAAGAGUGCUAUCUUAUCUGCUUAA